GGGCGUGGCCAGCGGGGCGCGGGAGGGGGUGUUUUCCCGCGGUGGGGGGGGGCAGGGGCGCGGCGGUUGCGCGGACAUGGCGGUGUUGGGGUAUUGGGACAUCCGCGGGCUGGCCCAUGCCAUCCGCCUGCUGCUGGAGUACACAGAGACUCCCUAUGAGGACAAGCUCUACAGCUGCGGGGAAGCUCCCGACUACGACAAGAGCCAAUGGAUCAACGAGAAGGAGAAACUGGGCCUGGACUUCCCCAAUCUCCCUUACUUCAUUGAUGGGAACGUGAAGCUGACGCAGAGUAACGCCAUCCUGCGCUAUAUUGCCCGCAAGCACAACAUGUGCGGUGAGACGGAGGAGGAGAUGCUGCGGCUGGACAUGCUGGAGAACCACAUCAUGGAUUUCCGCAUGAGCCUGGUCAUGGUCUGCUACAACCCCGACUUUGAGAAGCUCAAGCCGGGCUACCUGGAGCAGCUGCCAGGGAAGCUGAAGCUCUUCUCCAACUUCUUGGGGGACAGAAAGUGGUUUGUGGGCGAGAAGCUCACCUUCGUGGACUUCCUCAUGUUCGACGUGCUGGAUCAGAACCGCAUCUUCGAGCCCAAGUGCCUGGAGCCCUUCAAGAACCUUAAGGACUUCAUGGACCGCUUUGGGGCCCUGGAGAAGGUGGCUGCCUACAUGAAGUCCAGCCGCUUCCUGAAGAUGGCCAUCAACAACAAGAUGGCCAAGUGGGGCAACAAGAAGGAGUAGGGGCUUAGUAUGGGGCUGGGAGGGGGGAUCCACACCUGCCCUGACCCCAACAUGGCGUAGGGGGGGCACUGCUAACAAUGAGGCCCCCCAACAUAAUAAAGUGCUUUAGCUGUGGUACA